AUGCCCUUCGAUACAGAUUGGUUUAACUCGAGGGGUUUUUAUCCCUUAGACACGAAAGGCGCUGACGAGUACUUAGUGGUCGUAAAAACACCACAGAAAUCUUUCUUUGAGAUCCUACAGAGUGGUUUUAUAAGCUCUCAUAACAUCUCUAACAUGUCUUGCCCGCAGCAAUCUCCGAGAAAGAAGAAAGCAAAAGAAGCGAACAGCGACGACGAGGAAGAUCAAGAAGAGGAUAUUCCAACAACUUACGAAUUGUGGCAAGACUUCCUACAUAGUCUGACCCUUCACGGGUUUCGUUUCAUAUUUGAAGAAGGACCCAAAAUUCGUCGUAUUUUCUGGCUCCUCAUUUUGAUUCUUGCUGUUAUGAUGCUACUUCUGCAAGGCAAGAAAAGCAUACAAAAAUUCUUCGAUCGCCCGACAACUACGACAGUGCAAGUGGAGUUUUUGGAUCAGAUUGUAUUUCCUGCUGUUUCCAUCUGCAACUUUAAUCUGUUUCCAUAUUACCUCAUAAAUGGCACCAUAGGAGAAAAGGUAAUGAGACUCCUUUAAGACUCAAGCUUAUUUUUUAUUUUGCUAAUUAAUUCAGAAUUUGGUAGUUUGCUCCAAUCUAAGUCUUCAUAUGUCAACAUGCAAAUUACCAUUACUGGUAUUUGUGGACUCCUCCAGGAGUUUUACGAGAAUUUGUUACAGCACUGACAGACCCUUACAGUGUUGGGAAUUUUCCUUGAAGAUUCAUUUUUCAUCUCAUGUUAUAACUGCAAGAAACAUUUCAAGGAUACUCUAAAGUGUGAUUAUUCUAAGAGGAAAAAAAAGCUCAGUCAGCAGGUACCAUAUUAAGUUUGAUUUUUUGUUUGAAGGACAGAAAGCCACUAGUUCAAACAGCAUAAAUAUAUGUUAUUCACCAGCCGGAAGGUACGUAUUGGAAGAAACUGUGCCCGAGGUCUUCAAUACCUCCCGCGGCCGUAGGCAGAGAGCGGUACUCAGGACUGAAGGCACAGUUUUUCCAAACAUAGACAGACCGACGCGAGUGAAAAACAUUUUUUUUUUUUCAAAGUGCAUGCCAAAACAGCUGGAAUAAUUUAGGGCUAUAAUUCCUUGACAAUACGGGAAUAUCCUCCAUAAACUGGGAGCAGUUUAUAAAGAAAACAGAGGUUUUUAAAAUUAUCGAGAGAGGCUUCAGCGAAACAUAAUUAUUUGCGUAUAAAUGGUACAGGUAAUUUAAACGGCUUCUAAGCAAACUUUGAAACAUUUUUUCAUAAGUAUCUGUCACGAUCUGACACCUGUCAGUUAGAGAGGAAAAAAAGGCGCAUGUUCCCUUUUGAACGAACAACACUGGUAUGGCAACUGUCUAUCACGGCGAUUAUUCUUAUGAAACACUUGGCUAUCAGAACGGAAAGUAUUCUCAUUUCCAACAACGAUUGAUCUUUGAAGAUUUGCCUCUCUUUGAUUUUAAAUGCCAGGGAAAGUAAAGUUUUAGUAAAUUCAAUUGCAUGUUUUGAGGCUGUGAUAGUCUGCUUGCUUGUAAGCUGCAAUGGCUCUUAUCUUUCUUCCACAGAAAAACUUAAGUCAAAUGAGACGCCUUUUCUAGCUAGACAUGGGGGGAUUUAACGCGACUUUUACACAACAAAAUCCUUCGGUUUCUGUCGCAGAAAUGUCCAAAUUCAAGACACCUACGAAAAAAAAAAAACCGGACGUGUAUUUCUAGUGAAACUUAAAAUUCGUCCAACGUUUUACAACGAACAAAUUGUUUUGGAGAGUUAAUUAUCAAUUAUUUAUCGGCUAAAGGUCGUGACAGAAGUCUUCGCUUAAAAAAAGCUGCCCAGCCGGCAAAACAGCAUGCAUUUAUGUAAGAAUUGCAACGAAGCUAACGAUGUUCUCCAAAGCGACUAAAACAAAUGACUUGGUUUUGUCAACUGAGUUGAUAAUGCAAAUUGGCCACCGUAAAGAGUUCUAAAGCUAAUGUUUCGAGCGUUGGCCCUUCGUCAGAGCGAAACACGAAACAGCAAAUAAUUCUUAAAUGAUCCACUUACCUCUUGCUAAAUGUUUCGGUCGUAGCUCACCAUAUGAAAUUUCUGACAUGACAAAUCCACUCGCUUGCAGACGCAACGGUCAUUUUUAUCCGUUAUUGUGACCUCUGUCCACUCGCAAGCGAUUCGUAGACUAAGUAUAAAUUGUUGAAGUUUACGGAUAAAUUUCUGGUUUCGGUAAUGGGGAAGCAGCCAAAACUGUUAUGGACCUUAUGAUCCAACAGCAGCCAGCGGCUAUGAUGGUGAUCGAGAUUUGGGAGAAAUAGGAAGAGCUCACCGUCGAAAGGUGCGAAAAAUAACAUUAAGACUGACUGCUUCAAAAGUUACUUCGGUUUUAAACGAAAAUAGGGCAUCUUUUAGAAAGAUAAGUAAUUUUCUCUGCAAUGUAAACACCUCCCAAACCCAGAUUUUCCUUUCGACUGCUGUAAAGGGUUCGACUUCAUUGAGAAGGACGACAGCGAGGGUUUGGUUGACUUUCCUUGCUCUUUCUUAAAAAAAUUUAAAAAUCUAGCUUCAACAAACUUUUCCUUAAACAAACCCGAGUGAACUACGUAUAAAUUGGAUUUCUGGUUAAGUUUUAAGGUUCAUCAAGAAGGGAGUAAAAUUGAAAAUAAUUACCAACCUGAUUUCUCUGUACUCGCGUCCAUUUGUUUGCAGUGUGCAAUCUUUCGGAGCCGUUUAAGCAAGAGUUUAAAACUUCCGUCGGUUUUUUACUUGUAAAUGAGUUCAACAACCAUUUGCAUUUACCACAAGUUAGGAAAAAUCUUAGCAGUUCAUUAGGUGUUAAAAUAUUCCAUACGUUCCUUUAAAAUGGCCUUUGAACAAGAGAAAAUUACUCACGUUUUACAGUAAACGGCAAACCCUUCACUCCGACGUCGCAGACAACACAGCUAUGGCGGGAAACUUCGCGCGACGGCUACUGGAAAUGCGUGAGCAUACAUUCUCAACUUCCGCUUGUCGUUGUAGAUAUUUGCAGACGUUGUGUGAGCUUGAGAAUUCAAAGAAGUUUAGACAGGUUUCCUACCGAGUGAUCCAAUUCAGGCGCCUUUUGAUCUGCAUACACAUUUAUAUGUUGGGGUUCAUAAACACAAAUUUGAUGAUACAGUUUUUCAUUUCCAUUGAAAGGAGCCCGGUAGUCUUUCAUGAAGAUUUAAGCGGUUUCCUAAAAAUUAAGUGCAAGGUGUGUGUCGCAGUGUUUGCCGUUACAUAACUUUCUUUUCUAGAACUUUUUACACAAAUCUCUGUUUCCGAAAUCAAAGCCGUCCUUGUUAGGCAUGAAAACGAUAUAAGAAGUUUCAACAUUCCGGUCUUAACUUUUUUUUUUUUUUUUUUUUUUUUUUUUUUUUUUUUCAAAGAAACAAAAUGCGCGUUAAAAUUCUUAGAAAACGCUUCCAACAAAGUAAUAAAAUUAAUUCGAUUGACCAAAGUUAUUGUCGCGACAGCAUUUCAUGACUUUAUUCUUUCCUUUACAGGUUAUGUCCAUUCUUGCACCUCAAAAAUACAUCGACAACAAGGAAGAAGUGCUGUUCGCACGUUCACCGAUUCCGAACUUUCUUAAUUAUCUUCGUCGCCGUCGGCGUCGCCGCGAAAAGGACACGAAAAAAGGCGACGACGACGAUGACGUCGAUGUUCUCGACGACACGUCGAUCGAUAUAGACGAUUCUUUUGACUUUGCUCAGUUCGUGAGGACUCAUGGGCAUCGGAUUGAUCACAUGAUCAAGAAAUGUAGAUGGAAAUCACAGCCUUGUGGACCAGAGAAUUUCACUGCCGUGAUAACUGAAUUUGGUCUUUGUUACACGUUUAACUCAGGUGGGAAAGCUGAAAUUUAGUAACUAGAAUGUUUUGCAAAAUGUAUUUAUUAAGAUUUGCCUAACUUGGCUUCUAAAGAAAUUUUAGGUAUUGAGACAGGAUUCGAUUAAUUGUACUUGACUGAGCUUAGUAAAUAAAAAAUCCCUUGCGAAGAGUUCUUAUUGGUUCCUGGUGACAUCUCUCCUCUACGCUAUUUGACCGAUGUGAUUCUACACUUACUAAAUCUUAAACUGGUUUGUACACUUACUUCAUCUUAAACUGGUUUGAUAGGUUUGAAAGGUCACCCUCUUCUAAAGGUGCAGCGUGCUGGAGUAGACUAUGCCCUCAGACUGUCUCUGAGCGUUCAGCAAGAUCAAUAUUAUGGGUCACUCAGAGAUUCGUCUGGGUUCAAGGUCAUGGUGCAUGAUCAAGAGGAACCACCGCUGAUCAAUGAGCUUGGUUUUGCAAUUCAGCCAGGAACUCAUACAUUCUGUGGUCUCAGGAAGGAAGUGGUAUGCAAAACAUGCUGACAAGUAAUUUACUUCGAAGGGGAGGGGGGUGCUUGCUACUAAUAGACUGAUAUGCCAUUGAGUGGGGUUGCAUUUUCACCACCCCUUUGACUAUAAUGGAAGAUUCGCGUGCAAAAAUUUUUUACCACGAGUGACUAAGAUGGGAUCUCUAAUUGACCACAUAAAAGUUUAUAAUAAGAAGGGAUUCUGGGAGGCCUGUGGCACAUAUCUAUCUAUUAUUUAGAAUGUUUUGUCAUUUAGACUACAUGUAUUUCUCAGUAAUCAGUUUCAUGGUAAAAACUCCAUCCAGGAGGUAAUCUUCGGUUGCAAGAUAAGUAUCCCCUUAAAAGAGGUACUUCUUACAAUGGAAAAAUACAGAGAUUAGUAGAACAUUUCAGAAUUUGGACGUUUUCCCUGGAUAUAAAUUUACGCUGCUCAUUGGUCAGAGCUGCUCACUUGCGAAAUGGGGGUAUUGUUUCUGUUUGCCUUUGAAAGGAUUGUUCAGCAACGUUAUCAGGUGCACAGGGGCAGUUGGUGAUGUCCAACGGUGUUUGACAAAGAAACCAAUGGAGCGAAAUUCUGCACACGGGUGCGCAAGGCUGUGCAAAGUAUAUGGCGGCGGAGUGACCAUUACAGCAGUUGAAAACUUGAAAUUAAGAACUCUUCACCACGUAUAGUGUUAAAUAGCUUGUCUAGCCUGAAGUGAGUAGGGGGAAAAGUGUUGGGAACUGGAUCUUAAACCUGCGAAUACAAUUGUCUAAAAAAAGCUAACAUGAAAGUUUUGGAAAAGCAGGCUUGCCAUGUCAUGCUUAGAGACCAGUUAUCAUUUAUCGAUUUUCGGGGAGAUCACAUGGUUCUCUGGUUGAACAGAAGUGGGAUCAUUUGUCGCCAAAAACUCCUAAUGGUGUUUUGGAAGCCGAUAUUCUGCUGAAUGGUCUCGACUGUGGACAAUGACUUAAAAAGUGGUGUGCAUGGACACGCGUUACAUACAUAUCAUAUUUUCGUUUCAGAUGCACAAUCUUCCGCGCCCAUUUAAAACAGCAUGUGAAGACAAACAUUUAGCCGGCUUUAAAAAGUACACAAAGUCGGCUUGUCUACUGAAGUGCCGCGCUGACUACAUCAUCGGCAUGUGUAAAUGCAGAUCUUACGAUUUGGAAGGUAAGAUAACUUUUAUUCUAGUAUUUCAUGCUUUGGGAAGGAAUCCUAAUUAUUUCUUAGCUUCAGUAACAAAAUAUUACACUUUCAAGGUAGACACGAGUUCGAAUCCGUUCGAGGCUUGAAAUUUGUUCAAGCUUCUUUCCUGCAAUUGCUUAUAUUUCAGCUUACCUGCGAGAAUUAUUACUUUACUUGUUUUUCAUCUGCAGGUCGAAUGAAAUAUAUAUAACUAGAAAUCCUAGAGAUUGUCCACUUCUUAGCCUGACAUUUCAAUAAUAACUGAAUUUAUUAUGAAAGCAAUCAUCAUUAAUUUUCUUAAGUCCAAAUAGUGCAUUGAGGAAAUAUGAGGCGCAAAGUGUAGAAUAGUCAACUGAAGAUUUUGGACUAAAAAAAUUUGUGAAAAAGGGUCUUAAGUGGGUGCUUGAAAAAUUUCCUAUUUCUCUAUAACGGUGUUCGCUGCUUUCAUCACUUCAAAAUAAUGGAAAUGUGGUGAAAUAGCUCUGUUUACCGACCAGCUUUUGCGUUAUUGAUUUUUCUUACAGGCGAAGCUCCACCAUGUUUACCGCAACAGGUGAAGAACUGCGUUUGGCCCGCAAUGGGUAUGUUUUUCAAAAUAAGUCGAUCUGGAUUGAAGAAAACAACACUGAAAAAAAGACAUCUUUAACGCAUGCUCAGUCUUGGUCGACGCAAUGAUUACAGUCACAAAUAAUGACCUAAUCAUAUUCCUAGAAGUGUUAUGAUCUGUAGUCUAAUGGAUUCAUAUCCGAGGCUUUGGAAAACUACUCGAAAAUGUAGAGGUCAUCGUAAAAUAUCUUGAGCUGUAUAGCACAGGAAUCAUGAAGUUGAUUUACCAGGAAACAAGAAAUAAAUGUGUCUCUAUACAAUACAAGCGUAAUCAUAAGAAAUUUGUCGAUCAAUUUCUAGAAAUAUUCCGAAAUGAAAGCAACAACUGCGAGUGCCCAGUCCCCUGUGAGAUCACAAAAUAUCAAGUGCAACUGAGCUAUGCCCAGACCCCAGCGAAACAUUUCUCCGAAGUUCUGGCGAAGAGAAAACAUGUAAGGAAGGACGUCAUGAGGCAUUACUUGAGGUGAGUUCAAGCUUUGGCGGUGAGGGACCUGAGCAUGUUUCGAGUGAGUUUUCAGUGCCUGGGGUCUCUACUGAAGUUUGGAUCCCGUUUAAGAAAUAAGUUGUUCACAAGGGUAAAGAUAACCCGCUCGAGAGCUCUGGAUACUCUGUUCUAGAUAAGGGGUCCCAAAGAUAUGUUCUUGCUGAGUGGAAUAACCCUGUAUGAUUAUUUUCCUUCGGGGAGAACAGCAAACGGGAUACCAAGAAAUACCUUUGUUCGACGAGUUUCUUAUGAACAUGUAAGCGCUGUUAUCAGUUCCUCGACAGCUUCUUGUUGAACCAUCAAAAUCCCUACUUUAAGUUUGAGCGAGCAGAUUUUUUGCUCCCAAACAGGAAGAAAACAAAAUUAAAAAUUGUACGUUAUGAAAAAGUAGACAUUGGUAGCCGGUUGCCUAAUUUCUUACUGUAUUACUGAAUAUACUAAGAGAGUUUAUCUCAAUUACCCUAAACUUUGACAGUCACUGUUAUGAUUUAAAGAGGCUUAUGAAGUUGGAUAUUUUAAUAGAGACAACUUCCUCGAGUUGGAUGUGUACUUUGAAGAGAUGCAGGUGACGCUUAUAACUCAGAGGCCAGCGUACGAUCAGGAAAGCUUAUUUGGUGAGUUUGCCGACAGCUAAAACGAACGUGCAUCCUUAUAAGAACUCACGAGGGGUACAGUGUCGACAAAAACACGAACACUUUUCGUUUAAACAAAAUUAGCAGAGAUGAGGUUCAAAUAUACACAGAUUUUGGAAGAUUUCCUUGUUAUUCUCUGCGUAAUCCAGACGCGAAGUGAACACAUUCGGCGUUCACUGAAGAACCUAGACUGCUCUACGUACAUUCGAAAUGUCUCUUCGUCUGACAGUAGCUUUAUAAUGACCAGCCCUUCAAACAUUAUCGUUGGUGCAACACUUUUUUGUCUUAAAAGCCUGAAAUAUCCAAGCUCUUCGAAUACAAUUAACCUAAAGAGCUUUCCAUUUUUUGUGUCUUCAGGUGACAUCGGUGGUCAAGUUGGGCUGUUUCUUGGCGCUAGCAUUCUAACAGUGUUGGAAUUUGGAGAUCUACUGGCGAGGAUUAUAGUCAACAAGAUCAAAAGGAAUCAACGACGUCAUGCUCGGACAGUUUGACGAAGUCAAAAGUGGUUUGAUUUUGCUUGAAAGAGAGGAAAUUUCACCCGAUAAGUAUUUCCGAUUCACUUAAAUGGCCGAGCAGUUUUGGAUUCCUAGUCUCGUUACAAUUUUCUCAAGCCUCGGAAAAUAACCAAUAUUUGAUAACCAGCAGUAGAUUGACUGAAAUGCUGCUAACAAGCGGUUCGCCAUAAAGAGUUGUAUUUUCAUUUUCGAUUAUCCACAGGGAAAGCAAGUCCUCGGUUAAACUGUAAUGGUAGCUUAGCUUUCAAACAAAACACCUCUUUCGUGUUUAGUGAUGUAAAGGAGGUUUCAUAUCCCAUAAAGUUAUAGAGGAGAGAUACCUGUUUGUUCAUACGUAAAAUAAUUGUUUACAAGAGUUUCAAGGCUUUGGAACUAAGGAUGGAGUAUCCCCGCACGAAUUUUGUCAGGUACCUCAUCAUCGGAUGCUUAAUCAAGAAAAAGUUGAUGAAAAGAUUUAGCUUUUGUUAUUUUUACAUCUUGCAGCUCAAAGUUGUUACUAAUGCGCGUUCAGAAGAGACUCGCUUGCCAAAAUACUCGGUUUCUUGUAGAAACCCUCAGACAUUUUUUUACUACUUCACCCCAUGUGAGCGUUAGAAUAAUUUGAAUGAAGUCAGGAACAAGUUUUACCACUUACUGGAAAGUUUCAUUUGUGCAUGAGCCACC